AUGCCCCACGAUGCAGAGGACACUGUCGUAGCAGCUGGAUCUGAGGACACUGUCGUAGCAGCUGAAUCUGAGGACAUGGUCGUAGCAGCUGGAUCUGAGGACACUGUCGUAGCAGCUGGAUCUGAGGACACUGUCGUAGCAGCUGGAUCUGAGGACAUGGUCGUAGCAGCUGGAUCUGAGGACACUGUCGUAGCAGCUGGAUCUGAGGACAUGGUCGUAGCAGCUGGACCUGAGGACACUGUCGUAGCAGCUGGAUCUGAGGACAUUGUCGUAGCAGCUGUAUCUGAGGACACUGUCGUAGCAGCUGGAUCUGAGGACACUGUCGUAGCAGCUGGAUCUGAGGACACUGUCGUAGCAGCUGGAUCUGAGGACACUGUCGUAGCAGCUGGAUCUGAGGACAUGGUCGUAGCCGCUGGAUCUGAGGACAUGGUCGUAGCAGCUGGAUCUGAGGACAUGGUCGUAGCAGCUGGAUCUGAGGACACUGUCGUAGCAGCUGGAUCUGAGGACACUGUCGUAGCAGCUGGAUCUGAGGACAAGGUCGUAGCAGCUGGAUCUGAGGACACUGUCGUAGCAGCUGGAUCUGAGGACAUGGUCGUAGCAGCUGGAUCUGAGGACACUGUCGUAGCAGCUGGAUCUGAGGACACUGUCGUAGCAGCUGGAUCUGAGGACAUGGUCGUAGCAGCUGGAUCUGAGGACACUGUCGUAGCAGCUGGAUCUGAGGACAUGGUCGUAGCAGCUGGAUCUGAGGACAUGGUCGUAGCAGCUGGAUCUGAGGACACUGUCGUAGCAGCUGGAUCUGAGGACAUGGUCGUAGCAGCUGGAUCUGAGGACACUGUCGUAGCAGCUGGAUCUGAGGACACUGUCGUAGCAGCUGGAUCUGAGGACAUGGUCGUAGCAGCUGGAUCUGAGGACACUGUCGUAGCAGCUGGAUCUGAGGACAUGGUCGUAGCAGCUGGAUCUGAGGACAUGGUCGUAGCAGCUGGAUCUGAGGACACUGUCGUAGCAGCUGGAUCUGAGGACAUGGUCGUAGCAGCUGGAUCUGAGGACACUGUCGUAGCAGCUGGAUCUGAGGACACUGUCGUAGCAGCUGGAUCUGAGGACAUGGUCGUAGCAGCUGGAUCUGAGGACACUGUCGUAGCAGCUGGAUCUGAGGACAUGGUCGUAGCAGCUGGAUCUGAGGACAUGGUCGUAGCAGCUGGAUCUGAGGACACUGACUCGGCUAUGUAUAAACUCCUAUACAAAUCGAAAAUGUUGAUGAAAGCACAGCUGAUAUCAAGAAAGCAGGGAGAGCCUAAAACGUGA